CUCUUGAUGACCCUCCAAAAUGCAGUUCCAGGACUUGAUUACGACCGUGACAGAAAGUUCUCGAAGUCUUUUAAAGAAAUGGUUGCGAUGUGCUUGGUCAAAGAUCAAACAAAAAGACCAACUGCUGAAAAAUUAUUGAAACACUCAUUUUUCAAAAAUGGGAAGCCUCCAGAGUUAACUGUCAAAAGCCUUUGGGUAGAUCUGCCACCACUUUGGGAUCGUGUGAAGGCACUAGAGCUUAAAGAUGCAGAACAACUAGCUUUGAAGCAAAUUCCUUUUUCAGAACAGGAGGCAUUGUCCCUGAGUGAGUACCAGAGAGGAGUCAGUGCAUGGAAUUUUGAUAUCGAAGAUUUGAAGAUCCAAGCAUCAUUGAUCGUUGAUGAUGAAGACAUUGUUGAAGCGAAGGAAUAUGACGGAAGCUCGAGGAAUUUCAUCAGCAAUAUGGAGCCAUCCACUUUUGGGUCUACUUCAGAAAAACCAUUAGAUGCUUACCAAAAUUCAGAUAGGGCUGAAGAUGACUAUCAAUUCCCAGGUGAGAGUUCUAGGCAUGAUGCUUGGAAAUUUUCAAGCUUAAGUGGUCCAUUGCUGCAUCCAGAUCGUGCUUCUGGUAAUAGUUUAUCUGCUCCAGCUCUCUCUUUUAGAGGAUACGGUGAUUCUCGGGAGGAUAAGUUGAGGUCGAAUUUGGUUCAAAUAAAAGGAAGAUUUUCUGUUUCAUCUGAAACUGUUGAUGAUGUAAAGGAGUCGCGGCUUAGAAGAUCUGCCAGUACUUCUGAUUGCGUAUUUAAUCCAAAGCCAGUGUCUUCCACUGAGCCUCUAAAGGAAUACCGAAACAUUUCAUUGCCUGCUUCUAUUUUAAUGCCUCAACUCCAAAAUCUUGCUCAGCAAACUUCGUUUCAACUGGAUCUUCUUGCGACUUUUUUGAAUUGCACGCAGCAAAAUGAUCUUGUUUCAACUUUUCAAACAAGAAUAGCAUUACAAACAUUCAAGCCUCCGAAUGACAUUCUGGUCAAAGCUGAAACUACUGGAAGAGAACGUCUCCUGCUUCUUACAAUUUCCCUGCUUCAGGCCAGGAUAAUUAGCCUAACAGAUCAAUUAACUGCUGCAAGGUUGGAAGACGCUGAAUUGCAACAACAAUUCAAUGACGCAUAUUCAAAACACAAAACCCGAGAAGAUUGAUUUCUGAAUUCCGCAACCAUAUCGAGGUGAUAUUUGACGAGUUAGAUCUCAGUGGCGCUGGAUUCUCGAAUAUUUAGGCACAUGGAGCAAACUCUCAUCAUGGGGUCUAACACAUGGGAAAUCGAUAUAUAUAUAUAAUAUCUAAUGAUAUUAUCAGAUAAAUAAAUCAAUUUAUAUUAUAUA